AUGGAAAAUAUUUUACAAAAGACAGAUACUAUAGUUGCUCAAAGAAUGAAAAUGUAUCACCAGCGAAAUAGUCAAAACAAACAAGCAGUCAAUAAUGAAGUUCUACAAACUCAAUUACAUGAUAAGCGAAAUUGUGGAAACAAUAUAUCUUCAUUGGAAAUUUAUCAAAUGAGCAAUGGGACGCCCAAAGAGCGACCCGCUGCUGCCCAACAUGCUGCGGACGAGGUAAAACAUCUAAAAUAUUAUUUGUAUAAAAUAAAAGCUUAUGGUAAUGGUAAAGGAUUUUAUUAUGCAGUAAUUUCUGACAGGACAAAAAGAAAGGCUGUGGCGUUACUGGAAGCCGCAGCCGGGGGUCAUGACCAGACUUUGUCCGCAAUGUUGGCGCGCGGUGUUGAUCUUUCUGCUACGGAUCCACAGCAUGGGAACACCGGAUUGCACGAAGCCGCCUGGCGCGGUCACAGCCGUUGCGUGCGGGUUUUGGCCCGAGGAGGAGCGUCUUGUUCGGCCCGGAACGCAGCCGGAUUCUGCCCGCUGCAUCUCGCAGCUCAAAACGGACACAAUCAAAGCGUUCGAGAAAUGCUUUUAGCUGGAGCCGAUCCUGAUCUUCAGAACAACUAUGGAGACACGGCACUUCAUACGGCUUGUCGAUAUGGUCAUGCAGGAGCUACCCUGAUAUUGCUGUCUGGACGCUGCAAAGUCGGUACAGUGAAUUUGAAUGGCGAUACUGGCCUGCACAUAGCCAGCGCCAUGGGGAGGAGAAAGUUGACUCGUAUUUUGUUGUCUGCAGGCUGCGAUCCAAUGUUACGGAACGCACAGGGUGAGACGGCUCGCGACAUAGCAGACCGCAAAGGACUUGUCGAAAUUCUAGAUAUCCUUGACAAUCCUCCUCCGACAAAUCUUCAAUACCACACACGUAAUGAAGAAAAAUCCAGGAAGAAAAAAGAGAAAAAGCAUCUAGCCAAUGAUGACUUGCGAGGAUAUCACAUGUCGUCAGAAAGACGUAAAUUGAGGAACGUGCAUUUCGAUGCAUCUAAUAAGAAGUGGUCACCUUACGGAUGCCACUAUUUUCCGGAUCCUAACAGUUUUCCUAAACCGAAACUUGACACUGUGCCAAAGGAACCUUUAGCAAAAGGUGAACAAUAUUUUCUGGACUUGGCGGGUAACAUUUGCAAGGGGCCUGUCGGUGUGGGGCACACGUGCUACUGUGCCCCAUUCUUUAAACAUUUGGAGGAUCGUAUGACGAGUAAUAGAAAAAGCCUCAAACGAUACAUUAAUCGACGAACUGAACGUUUGGAUAAUCGAGUAUCUCAACUUGCUCAGAAGGCGGAUGGAAGAAUAAACGAGCUCUCAAGAUCAGUGAUGGCCGAGCGCGCAAAGUGCAGUGAGCGCCACUUACACCUGGAGCAGUGGCUGAUUCGCGGCCGCCACAGGGCGAGCGCAGCAAUUUCCCGAAAACCACCAGUAACUGCAUCAUCGACUCUGACCAGGUCGAAAAGUUUAGAACUCCUAGACCGCGUCCAGACAACCGUCCAAGUUCACGCCGAUAACAACGGACGCACAAUCAACGACCAGCUUUCCAGGAGCAUUGAUGUUUUAGAUUCUACUGAUGCCACAGAUGUUGGGAACGAUCAGCAAUUAUCAAAAUCAGGACGAAGUAAUGAAUCUACAAUAAGUUCUGAUGUUGAUAGGAUAGAAGUUAAAUCUGAUGAAGACGCUAAGCUAGAUUUACCCCAGCCAUCGACAUCCGAUAAUUUUAACUCUAGUUUUUUGUCACAAGCUACAACUGUUAUAAGAAAGCAUAAUUAUAGCAUAGAUAAAGAUGAGAGCGUGAGCGCUAAAAUUGAGGAAAAGAAACGUAAACCUAUUUUGAAAAAUAUUUACAACUUGGGUAAACAAAAAAUUGCUAAAGCUGUUGAAAGUAAACAAAGUAAUCAUAUAGAUUUAAGCAAGUCGCAAGCUGAGUUGUCAACUUUGAAGAAGGAAUUAUUUAGUAAAAGUUCUGUACAAAGCAACUGGAAGAAUAAUAUAUUGGGUAAAGGUGGUAUUUUAAAAACUGGUUUUGAUGAUAAACUCAACAGCAUCGGUGAACUUAAAUACAAAAACGGUUCGUUGAGUAACAUAAAAAUUGGACAACCACUUUCAGUAAUUUCAAAACCUAACGAAAGAGCUGUUGACUAUAGUAAAACCAAUUUAAGAAUAAACAACUCUCUUGGAUUGAGUUGCCCAACCAGAAUUAAUCUGUUCUCGCGAGCUGUUACUCCGAUAAAUACAUCACCUUUGAAAAUAAAUUCAGAAAUAAUUCAUUCUCCUAAGUUAAGUAUUCCUCCAAGACUUGGAAGCCCUAAUAGAGUGGGAAAUACAUCUUUAUCCAGUAUACCAUCAAGAUUAAGCAGUCCCUCUUUAAUGAGCGAACAUACCACAAUAUCAGCUCCUGAGAUUAAAGUAGCAACUCAUAUAGCACAGAUUGAAAAAAAUAUACAAAAAAUUAUACAAAGCCCGGCUACUCCAUCACAUAUAUACAGUUCACAAACUAUUAUUCACGACGAAGUGAACAAAGAAAAGGAACCUUUCGCAGAUGGUGAAGAUAUUUGUCGGCCAAGUACAAGUUAUGGUAAAGAAAGUGCAGAUUUAAAUGGUAUCCAGACUUAUGAAAAUAUUGCACCAACUACAAGUUGUCCGAGUAAUCUGUACGUAAAACCGAUAGUACCGCCUACAAAAAAUGCGCAUAUUAUUGACUCCAAAAGUCUUAUUCCAAAAGACGCGUACUUUCAUGAAAUGCCAAAUAAAAGGCGGAAUUUUAUGGAAACACAUUUUUCAUACGAGCAACCUUCCUUGGCUUUGCCAAGGAAGCCUGAGGUUUAUCCACCGGUGCAGCUCCAACAUCCUUUAGUAAACAUACAAAACGCACAAAUACAAAAAACCAGCAUCAGACCUCAAUGCAAUCCAUCAAUUAACCCUCGCAGCAGACAUCCUUUAUAUAAUUCAAAUAUAAAUUUAAAUUCCCAUGAAGAAAGUUUGGAGUAUUUGGGUCAACAAAGGAAUUUUGGACGCGUACUGUCUACAGAAAACGUUCAACACCAAUCAUUAUAUAAUCGACAUCCCCACAACUCGUCCCAUACUAUGUCGCUAUCAAACUUGGACCUAGAAAUAUCACAUUUGCAAUCACAAAUGGACCAAAGAUUUUCUAUCGGUUCAUCUGAUGUACGAGCGUCCACAAACAGGGUGUACCAAAACUCUCAUGAUUUUCAAUUAAAUAGUCCUCUUGAUAGAAUUAUCGAUCUGAAUCACAGUCCAUUAGAUUCACAUAAUGAUUCUGGAUACAGUACAAAAAUUUAUGGUAGCUCCCAAGGACCGUCUCCAAGCUUAUCAGGCCAAUUUGAGUACGAAGCUAAUGGUAACAAAUUAGCGAAUAUAGUGAACGGAAUUAAAAUGCAGAAUUUAAUAUACAAUCAACGACAUGAAAGUGAUUGUGAUAAACCAAGUCCGAUUUUCAGUCAUUUGAAUAAUAAAGCACCGGUAUCGAUUCAAACAAAUAAUGCUGAAUCUGAUUUGAAAAUACGAAGCAGAAUGCUAAAUAAGUUGCAUAAUGCUAUGAAACCUCAAUCGCCUAACAUAAGUGCAUCUAGUUUAGUAUAA